CUUUAAGUAGACUUAAUAGGAAGGUUGCUUUUCUAUGUCAGCAGUUGCACACGGCAUCUUUAGCCAUCUUGAGAAUCUCUAGGUUCUUGCUGUUUGAAAAGCUCUUUCAAACUGCAAAGAUGUGUGACCAGACGUUUUUAGCAGUUGUAUUUGGUCCAUGUGACAAGUGCUCCAAAGAGAAGCCCCUUAGGGCUGUUUACAUCAAAUCAGAACAACUCAGCUACUGCUCACUAUGUGUGGAAAUGAUGGCAACCGAAGGGCUGCAUGAGAACGAGACCUUGGCAUCGCUGAAAAACGAAGCCGAGACCCUCAAGGGCAAAUUGGAGGAGGAGCGAGCCAAGCUGCACGAUGUGGAGCUUCACCAGGUGGCAGAGCGAGUGGAGGCACUGGGCCAGUUUGUGAUGAAGACCAGGAGGACCCUGAAGGGCCACGGGAAUAAAGUUCUCUGUAUGGACUGGUGCAAAGACAAGAGAAGAAUUGUGAGCUCUUCCCAGGAUGGAAAGGUGAUUGUGUGGGAUUCCUUCACUACCAACAAGGAACAUGCAGUGACGAUGCCAUGUACUUGGGUGAUGGCUUGUGCUUAUGCCCCAUCUGGAUGUGCCAUUGCUUGUGGUGGUCUGGACAACAAGUGUUCUGUGUACCCUCUGACAUUUGACAAAAAUGAAAAUAUGGCUGCGAAGAAGAAAUCAGUUGCAAUGCACACAAACUACUUGUCUGCCUGCAGCUUCACUAACUCAGACAUGCAGAUCCUGACAGCAAGUGGAGAUGGAACUUGUGCUCUGUGGGAUGUUGAGAGUGGGCAGCUUCUACAGAGUUUCCAUGGUCAUGGAGCUGAUGUCCUGUGCCUGGACCUGGCCCCUUCUGAGACGGGAAAUACGUUUGUCUCUGGGGGAUGUGACAAGAAAGCCAUGGUUUGGGAUAUGCGGUCUGGUCAGUGCAUCCAGUCAUUUGAAACCCAUGAUUCAGAUAUCAACAGUGUCAGAUAUUACCCAAGCGGAGAUGCUUUUGCCUCUGGUUCAGAUGAUGCCACGUGUCGUUUAUAUGACCUUCGUGCGGACAGGGAAGUAGCAAUUUAUUCCAAAGAGAGCAUCAUUUUUGGAGCAUCCAGUGUGGACUUCUCUCUCAGUGGUCGCCUGCUGUUUGCAGGGUAUAACGAUUACACCAUAAAUGUCUGGGAUGUGCUGAAAGGCUCCCGUGUAUCCAUUCUGUUUGGACAUGAAAAUCGUGUCAGCACCUUGAGGGUCUCUCCCGAUGGGACGGCAUUCUGCUCGGGCUCCUGGGACCACACUCUCCGAAUCUGGGCUUAAUCUGACAUACUGUGUGCAAAAUCAAAUGGAGAACAACACCCUGGACCACAAAAGCUGCAUAAAAAGCCAUCCCUCAAAAUCAAACAUUUGCUACACUACAAAAGAAUAACACUGAACCCACAGAUUAACACAGCUAAGUAGAAAGGAUAAUCUGCUUGAACACAUAGCAAACAACAACUUGUAGUCAAGUGAAAUAGUUUUAAUUCUGUUUUGAAACUAUCUUCUUUUAUUAGAACUAGUUUAGAUAAUUAUAAAGGGACUUUUGUCUGAAGUCACCUGUAUGAUAGAUUAUUUCAGUGCACAUUAUGUAUUUAUUUGCAUGAAAUGAGUUCCUUUUUAAAGUUAAAAAAAAAAAAAAAGAAAGAAAAAGAAAAAAGAUUCCUGAUUUUGUCAGGAUGUAGCACAAGACUGUGGAAACAUUCCAUAGUAGUGCAUUGAAUUUUGGUGUUGAAGAACAGAUCUGCUACUUUAUGAUGGUGUUAAGGAUGACUGAACUUUGGCAGUAAGCAGAGGAGCAAAGGACCUACUAUGAAGGUACUGGCUGUUGUCAUAAAAAUGUAUUUUUUGUACAGAAAAGGAAUCCUUUCAAUCCUUGUUUUUUCCUACUGUCUUUUUAGAUAGAAAUAAGUAUUUCUUCUCUGUUACCUGAAUAUAAAUAAUUAAAAUAUAUACAAAAUUAUAAACUGCAAAGAUGAGGGAUAUAAACAUGAUUUACAUAAUCAUGAGGUAAUACUUAACCAGUAGUUUCUUAGAAAUUUGCAAUUGUAUCACUUGGUGAGUGAAUUUUCUUUUACUUAAAGGAAUACUACAUGCUAAGCACUAAGGGAUAUGACACGCUAAGCUCUAAGCACCGUUAUACUGAUGGUCAAAUCUUUUCCAAGGUGGUCAUAGUCAUUCUGUGAAUUCUGUGAAUCUUAUUUUGAGCAGCUCAUACCACUUUGGCAGGGAACGUAGCUUGAAUGUGUAUUAAGGCAGUAUAUGCCCAGUUUAAGGUCCUCUGAAAUGUCAGAGCAGCGUACGUCCAUGCAGAUGUGGGUCAAACCUUACAAGCCGAAUCGUACAGUCCUUAUGCUAAUAGUAAUCUCCCACUGGUGUGGACAUAAUUUUAUCAUAGUUGGACUUGAGAAUGAACAACAGUGAGUUGUUGAAAACCUGCUGUGGGCCACAGUCCUGCCAGCGUUUGUUACUGUGCUCACCAGAGCCCACAAGCCCAUGGGAUCCAGGAGCCGCUGGGUUUCAGGGAACCAGUACAGCCGGCCACGUUCCUGGCAGCACUCGGCCCUCUGUGUGAGCGUGGCAAUGGAAUACAAACCGGCAGGACCACCCCCAUGUGGAGCUGAUGCUGUGGAAUUAACUUUUAAUCAGAUAAAGCUGAGAUGCAGUUAAUUAUAGAACUGUUGGGAAAUUAUAUCGGCACUUCUAAGUUGAAUACUAUUGAGACUGGAGUGUGUAACCUCUGCUUAUGCUGACAGGUACUGAACCUGAGUAGAGGCACGUAAGGAAGCAAAGUGCUGGUAGAACACUGGGCGCUUGCGUCGUCUGGCCUUUGAAAGGCAAGUGGUGAGGCACAACUCUGAAAAGAGCAAAGAUUUGAUUUCUAUUUAGAUAGAAACGAGAAAAGAAGCUCACUGGAUCAUUGGAUUUUCCAUUUCACAUGAGUUAGAUGAUAAUAUCCUCAUUCUAUUUGAAAGUGGGAAAUUUUUUUUACAAUUAUAUAAGAAUUGUAUUAGCAACAAAGUCUCCUCAUUCAUGAAAACAUCAGGUUCCACGAAUCCAUAACCAAUUAACCUAGGACACUGGAAUUUGUAUCAGCCUUCAGCCUCUUAUGAAAUAGUUCAGCUGUUUUCACUUGGAAAAGUCAACUCUGAUGCUUUGCAAUAUUUGUGGCAAACUAUCCCUGUAACAAACUGAAUGCACUACAGAAAUGUCAUGUAGAGCUCACUGUGCAAUACUGAGUCAAUACACUGUACACAUUUGAUUGAAAGAUUAAUAUUAAUGUUUAGAUAGUAUUUAUUGGUAAGAUGAUUGUUUCAAACAUACUACAUUGUGUUGAUACUUAUGAAUGACCUAAAUACAAUAAAUUGUAUUUUACAUAUUGAAAACA